ACUUGCGGUUUACUCUCUUUUUAGCUAGCUAUAAAUAGAUAAGAGUACCCAAUCCAUUUGUUUAUAUUCAGGGUUGUAUAUUGAUAUAUCUAGGUGUGGGUGGUACGUAAUUAAUUAGCCAUGGACAAGGCACGAUUUGGGUUUUUCUUCAUGUUGCUCAUUCUCCUUUCUUCUCAGAUGGUGGUACAAACAGAGGGAAGGCACUGUGAGUCAAAGAGCCAUCGGUUUAAAGGGAUGUGCCUCAGUAAGCACAACUGCGCUUCGGUUUGCCAUCUUGAAGGCUUCACGGGUGGCAAGUGUCGUGGAUUUCGUAGACGCUGUUUCUGCACCAGGCACUGUUAGUUGGUCCAUGAAAUUUUAUCCUUGUUGGUUGCUCUUUUCACCUUUCUGUUUCUGGGAUUAAGAAAUAAAUACUCCUUAGUGAGUCGUGUUUUUCUAGGUUCAUUUGGGUUGGCUUUAUAUCUUAUGCUUUGAUCUACCUCGCUUCUGUUUCAAUUUGUUUGGCCAGUGUUGCAAUUUUAAUUUCUAGUGUUGUAUGUUUCUCUUUUGUGGUGUACUUGCCAUAAAAAAUAACAGUGAAACCACACCUUUUUCAUUUCUUCA